CUCGGGCCUGAUCUAUGCUUCCAACUCGGUGGUCAGACCUCCCACCCCUUGCCUUGUCUUAAAGUCUAAAGGUCGCGCCAGCUUAAGGCGGAGGGAGAGAAGUCACGUGACUGGAGCGGGUGUGUUUGCAAUCUUGCUGUUACGGUACAAGCCUUAUUUUUCUGGCCAGGAAAAGGCUCGAAAGGGGUUACCUCUGGACGUUGCAUGACUUUCCGACGGAGUCUGCAAAGCAAGAGAUUAACCAGCAGGUGGGAACCUGCCUUACUGCCUGAUCCUGCCACCUUUUAGGUCUCUUACCCGUGCCUGGAUUCUCUGGUUCCACCGCCAUUCCUGGAGAGCGAAGCCACGAUGAGGUUGCUGGGAGUCGUCCUGUGCAGCCUGGCCGUCAUCGUGGGUUGGGUGGCGUUCUUAUGGAGGGACACGUUUGACCCAGCCAGCCUCUCCGGCGCUCGUGUUCUCAUCACUGGGGCCAGCACUGGGAUCGGGGAACAGAUGGCCUAUCAUUACGCCAGGUUUGGGGCCCAAAUCGUCCUCACGGCCCGGCGGGAGGCCGUGCUGCAGAAGGUGGCAGAGAAAUGUUUAGAGCUGGGUGCAAAGAAAGCCCUCGUCUUUCCUGCGGACAUGGCUUCCCCCUCCGAGCCGGAAAAGUUUGUCCGUUUUGCUUUGGAACAACUCGGGGGUCUGGAUUACGUGGUUCUCAAUCACAUCGGCUGGACCCCUUUCGAGAUGUGGUCUGGGGAUGUGGCUCACGUCCGCUGGCUUAUGGAGGUGAAUUUUCUCAGCUACGUGGCUAUCACCUCGGCUGCCCUCCCAGCCCUUACAGAGAGUAAAGGUGGUAUCAUUGUCCUCUCCUCGCUGACAGGGAGAAUUGCCACCCCAUUCACGGCCUCGUACUCGGCCACCAAGUUUGCCCUUGAAGGCUUCUUUGGGUCUUUACGCCACGAGCUGGCCAUGCAGGAGAAAGAUGUGAGUGUGACCGUCUGUAUCCUGGGCCUCAUCGACACCGAAUCGGCCUUGAACAAAACCAGGGACGUGGUGGACAUGAAGGCUGCGCCAGUCUCCGAUACCGCCUUGGCCAUCGUGAAAGCUGGCGCCACCCGGACGAUGGAGCUCUUCUACCCGUGGACGAUCCAGCUUCUGUGCCUGAUCCGAGAUUGGUUCCCGGAACAAAGGAAUGGGAUCAUCAGGGGCUUCUAUAAUUUUCCUUCCCCUUCUGCCUAGGAUCCUGCCUGCCAACCUUCUAGAUAGGUCCGACCACAGAUGAUCUCCACCCGGUAGGGCUACAUCCCUUCAAGGCUUGUCAUUGUGGACUCUGGUUCCGUGAGAGUGCAAAAUCCAGUCCCUGUUUUCCGGGAGGGUGUUCUUUUCAAGCUGCUGAACUGUCUCUCAAAAGCAGGUUCGGCCUUUUUAACGACCCCCGGAAGGUUUGGAUUGAAAGGCGGUGCGGACCCAACGCCCCUGCCAUUUUGGGGUAGCCAACUUAACCCCACAUGGUUCUCUCCAUUCCAUGCCUCUUUUAAUUGCCUGAUGAGCAGUUCCUCCUUUUUGGUGGGAUUAAACACAGGAGUCAUGUUGUCAUCAACAAAACCUUUCGUAAUAGACGUGGCAGGGGAAUCAACAACAGCUUCCGCGGGUCCAACGAGACCAGCUGCGAACGGAGACUCUGUCCGAGCAAAUGGAAUUCCGUAACUCGAUUCCUCGUCCCUGAAUGCGGGGAGGCUCCGAAUCUCUCUUGGUCGGUCUGUUUUCUCCCAGGGCCGCUCCUCACUACACAGAUGGUCCCACAACAUGGGUGACAGGCCCAGUCUACCUUUCAAGGGGUCUUGAAUGGGCAGAAUUGGGUCUAGACGAACCACCUUCUUCCAACAUCCUUUUCCCCACCGAUAUACAUGAUCCAGAUAUAGACGGUCCAUUCCAAGGGGUCUGGUUCUCCCAGUUGCACCUUCCAGACCAUGUCCUCGCCCUUGGACAAAUCCGCCACCCCUCUCUCUACGCAUCUCUUCCCUUCCUGGCACACUAUAUAUGGUCCAUCUUUCUGCUCCUUCUUCAGAUCACUCUCCUCCUUUUCCUCUCACUCUGGACUAACCAUUCUUCUGACCGCCAGCUUCUCCCCUUUUCCUUCUCCUCCCCCUCUGCCAUCUUCCACCUCCCUUUCCUCCUGCCGUUUUUCUUUCUUUUUCUCUAGUCCCUCCUCCUAUAUUUACGUAGAUCAUCCACCUCCCUGGUCAAGGUGGGCAUAAUAUUGUGGCAUCCUCAGACACAUGCCGGGAUGGCUCACUCUCAACUAUCUCCUCAAUCCUCACUUCACAGUAGGGAGGGCUUGAAACUCUAGGAAUAAUCUUGAGUGUGAUUUCAAUUUUUUUAAAAAAAUAACCUGGUUCAUUUCCAGCUUCCUUCCACUGGUACAAGGAUUUCAUCCUACAGAUCUAAUUCCAUGUGUCAAACAAUCUA